AUGGCGAGAAGAGUGUUAAGUCUCCUGGUGACGUAAAUAGCACAGAAAGAGGAGACCAAUCAGCCUUCUCGCUGCUGGUUGGCUAUUUCCACUGUGUAAAUUCGAAUGGAUUUUAAAUACAGUGAUCGCUGGUAACUAAAAAUCAGCUUCUAUAUUUAAAUGACAUCUUUCAUUAGGAUAUGUUUGAACCGUCAAUCCACUUGGAAGUUUGUAAACUAACCAGGGUGAAGUAGGACUCAUUACACACGUCUUUCUUGUACACAGAGGGGGAAAAAAGUGAAAUAUUUUUAUAUCGUGUUUCCAGAACCAAAGCCAUCCUCAACAUGGCAGAAUACGGACUGACAGAGGAACAAAUUGCAGAAUUCAGGGAGGCUUAUAUGCUGUUCGACAAGGACUCGGACGGUCGGAUAACAGCCACAGAGCUGGGAGUUGUCAUGAGGUCUCUUGGACAAAAGCCAACAGAAAAGGAGCUGUGUAACAUGGUUGAAAUGGUGGAUCAAGACGGUAACGGAACAAUCGAGUUUAACGAAUUCCUUUUUAUGAUGUCGAAGAAGAUGAAAGAGUCUGAUCGGGAGGAAGAGUUGCGCGAGGCUUUUAGGGUGUUUGAUAGGGAUGGGGACGGUUUCAUUAGUUCAACAGAACUAAGUCACGUAAUGAUUAAUCUUGGCGAGAAGCUCACGGAGGAUGACGUAGAAGACAUGAUCAAGGAGGCUGACGCAGAUGGUGAUGGGCUAGUGAAUUACGAAGAAUUUGUCACAAUUCUCACCUCUUCGAAAUGAGAAGCCAUGGAUCGCGUCACUUGAAACCCGAACCGUUCCUAACAUGUCAUGUUUCAGUAUAUCUUGAACGUUUCGCCCUGUACACGGUUUCACGAUUCCAGCUCUUUUAAGACAGUCACGUUUCGGCAAUAUUUAACGACUUUUUUGUAUCUUUUUCACUAGCAACUUUUAUGGUAAUAUUUUUAAACAUGUUAGCAAGGCCUUUCCACAGUGUUGUUGUGAUAAUUUUAAUUUUUGCGCUUUCUGUGAACUGAUAGAUAAAAAUUGUUUUAGUGACAAAGAUUUAUUGUUUUCUUUUGCCUUUUGGUAACUAUAGAAACUAGCUCAAUAAAUGGCGUGUUUAUAGUCUUCUUCAUUGUUACUUUCAAAAUUUAGAUGUUUCUGUUUUUUUUUUCGAUACAAAAAAUAAAUAUUAAACCAAUAGAGUAUUAUACUAUAAUUACACAUACUGUAAGAUUUAGAUUUGAUAGACUUUAAUAUUCACCACAGCGAAGAACAUUUUUAUCAGUCACUAAGUUUCGUGUUUUGAUCUAAUUUACCACAAACUUGAUAACGAUAGUUCAAAUGAAGACAGUAAUUCAAUUUUUGAGGUUGAAGGGUUUAGAGCGGACAGUUUAAUCACGUAAAGUUACACUGCUUUUUAUUGGGUUUUAAUUUCUGUC